GGUGCUAUCAUAAUACGUUUACUGUGGAUCUCCCCAUCCUUAGAUAACUUCAUGCAAAUGACCGCGUUUUUUUGCUCUGAUCUGUCGGUCGGUGUUGCUUUAAUGGCUACAUUGAUUGAUUUGUCAUUUCGCUUCAGUGUAUCAUCCCCAUCGGCUCUUCUUGUCUGCACUCUUUCUACCGUUACCUUCUUCGCACUUUUACUUUUUUUGUUCUGCGUUACUCCCAAAGUUCGCCAAAUUUACCGAAUAUCAACACACUCCUGCCUGGGGUACUUGAGCGCGUUGCUUUUGUCUGCCGACGUUUCAACCACGACUACGGAGCUCUCCACUCUACCGAUCUUGAGCGCGAUUUUGUUGCUUCUCUCAUCUUUCUUCUGGAUACUAGACAUAUUUGUUUCUCGCUCUACGGCUGACUCUGUUCAGCGUUACCACUGGAUGUGCACUUUGUUCAUGUGGUGUGGUUUCUCGCUCGGCAGUUUCCACCACAAGACUCUUUGGCGCCCUCUACUGUGGAACUUGGUGCUUUUUGUCCAUUGGAUUGUCCUGCAUCAGAUAUCUGUUCUUUGCUUCUUGCACUUUGCUCUGGUUACCUCGUUUUCAUGUGCUAUGAUGUGGCCUGUUGGCCUUACCGAUUCCCUUCAAAAAUUUCCAGUAUGGAUACGGGAACAACCUCACCCCAUCUAUUAUGUAACCGUGGGUAUUCCAAUCAUUUUAUUCUAUUCUACCUAUACCAUGCGCCUGCAUAUACAUAAUCGUCUUGCUCAUUCCGUCGACUUGACCAGUCGCUGGUGGAAGUUAAUCCGCCUGCCACACACCUUGCGUCUAUCGAUCUUUAUCCUUGUAUUCCUUGUUUAUGUUACUUUUAUCUGCUUCUGCUUUGCCGUUUUUCCACUGAACUGGAGUGGCGUAAAGUUGAUGCCGUUUGUCGCACUGGGUAUGACUGCUUGGUCAAUGUUACAUCUCCUCUCGUUUAUUUCCACGUAUCAUUUGAACCGCACGAUAACCCUGUGUAAUUGCAUUCACGCUUCGGACUCUGCGGGUAACCAAGAUAUGCUUCGUACUUGGGCUGCUCAUGGCAUCCGACAUCUAGCCGUGCUGUCGAAACGAGUCCACUUUCUGUCCGCACUGUCAACCUUCUUUUUGUUUCUCCUUCUUCGAGACACCCUUGCACUCUUUCUGCUGUGUUUCCCGUUUGAAAUAUGCUUUUGCAGCGUUUUCGUGGAGCUGGCGAAAUCUUUGGGUGGCACGGCCAUUGGUUGCAUUCUGAUCACGCCCACUGUUCCUUCGAAGUGA